GUUAUUAUGCUAGCAUGCUCAAACAAACAACGACAUAAAAACAAACGAUUGUCCAGAGAUCUCAGCACAAGUUGUGGUUUAGAUCCAAUCUCUCCACUUACACUGAAAGAAAGGGCAACAAAUUAUACCACAUCAACACAUCAAAUACUAUACUCGUUGUCUCCCUCCUCUUCAUCAUCAAAUACUAUUCUCAUUGUCUCCCUCCUCUUCAUCUCCCUCCAAGUCACCCGAAAAACAAAGAAAAUCGAUCCAGCUUCUGAUCCUAUCAAUAUUUUCUAUCGCAACUCUCCUCUAAUUCUUUUUUCAUGCAAUAAAUAUAUGUCUAUGUGCGUGUAGUUGCACCAUAUAUAUGGUAUAUCUUGGUAUAUAUUUGAUAUAAUAUCUAUAUAGUGUGUGCGAGCUUCUUUGGGGUCCUUUCUGAGUUCUUUUUAGUUGGAAUUAAUGCUAGCUGUAUCACCCUUGAGAAAUACACCAGCCACCAAAGAUGAAAGCCAAGCACAAAUGGAGAGUUAUUCUACCAUUUUCAAUGGAGAGUUCCCUGACUUCUCCGAAGGGAGCUUGCUCGAAAGUAUCGAUUUCGAUGAUCUUUUUGUUAGUAUUGAUGAUGAAGAUGUGUUGCCAAAUUUGGAGAUGGAUCCUGAAAUCCUUGCUGAAUUCUCUGUUAGUGGUAGCGGAGGUGACGAAUCGGAUGUAAACACAUCGGUAUCAAAUGAGAAAGUGGAGGAUAGCAUUCAUAGAAAAGAUGAGGAAGAUAAGUUUUCAGGUUUGGACUCGAGCUUGAGCACUAGAGGAGAGGAGAUAGUGAGUAAGAGAGACGAGUCCGUGGUUGUUAAUCCGGUGCCUAACAAAGAUGGUGAGAAGGGAAGAAAAUCAGCAGCUCAUGCCAAGAACAACAAUAAUCAAGGGAAGAGGAAAGUGAAGGUGGAUUGGACACCAGAGCUGCACAGGAGGUUCGUGCAAGCAGUGGAGCAGCUAGGGGUGGAUAAGGCAGUGCCUUCGAGGAUUUUAGAACUCAUGGGAAUCGACUGUCUCACUCGCCAUAAUAUUGCUAGCCAUCUUCAAAAAUACCGAUCACACCGGAAACAUUUGCUAGCACGCGAGGCUGAAGCAGCAAACUGGAGCCAAAGACGGCAAAUGUAUGGAGCCGCGGCAGCUGGUGGAGGUGGCAAGAGAGACAUUAACGCAUGGCAUGCACUCACCAUGGGGUUCCCUCCCGUAACUCACCCCAUGCACCACCACUUUAGACCGUUACAUGUAUGGGGACAUCCUUCUAUGGACCAAUCCUCAAUGCAUAUGUGGCCUAAACAUCUAGCUUAUUCACCUUCACCAUCUCGGCCGCUGCCACCACCACCUACAUGGCACCCCCCACCACCGCCACCAGAUCCUUCAUAUUGGCACCACCACCCUCACCAAAGGGUUCCGAAUGGACUAACCCCAGGGACGCCUUGCUUUCCACAGCCAGUACUGGCAACUAGAUUUCCUGCACCUCCUGUCCCCGGCAUCCCGCCCCAUGCCAUGUACAAAGUAGACCCUGGCAUUGGCCUCCUAACAGGACAGCCAGGCCGCAGCCCUCUCUUUGACUUUCAUCCGUCAAAAGAGAGUGUAGACGCAGUUAUUGGAGAUGUUUUAGCAAAGCCAUGGCUGCCACUUCCUCUGGGACUUAAAGCUCCAGCUACUGAUAGUGUGCUGGUGGAGCUGCAAAAGCAAGGAGUUCCGAAGAUACCACCAACUCGUGCUUGAACCCUAGCUAGAGAACAUCCUUCCUAUGGCAGCUAGCUUGUUCAUGAUACCCCGCCUUCUAGCUAGCUAGACCACCAAAAAAUAGCCCUAAAUUCGACGACAUUUCCUGCAUUAGUUGGGUAACAUCUCAUGAUCGAGUUCUUCUUAAUUUUUCCCCUCCCUUCUUUCGUCCUUCACUAAGUUAAACUGAGUGUUGCUUCUUGUCUUGUUCUAGCAAGGCCAAGCCUUGUUCAUUAAUUAAGUCGAGCACAUCCUUGCCAAAGUUUUCCAUUGAA